AGAUGUAUUUUUGCAUGUAUAUUUAUGUGGAAAUGCAAUUUGUAGGAAAAUAAAGUUCAGAAAAUAAUUUAAUGGUAGCAUAUUAGGCCUAUUCACCUUAUUCCUAACUUAAAAAGAACCAACAGCAGCAGAAAAGUCAAGGACACGAGGACAGGAUUUCAACCAUAGACUGUAAAAAAUAGCUCUUCUUUGGUUGAAAUCCUGUAAAAUAAUUUUUUACAGUCUAUGCCAAAGAGUCAAAAACCAGUCAACGUCACUCUGAUUGGCUGAGGCAGCACAUCAGCAUAACCCAACCAGUAAACGCCCCUCUAAUUGGGCGAGGCAACACGUCAGGCAUUUUGGCGCGAUUCAAGCAUUGCAGAAUAACGGCACUGCACACAGCUCUUCAGCCUGCAUCGCUGGUGAACCCAUCGAUUCCUCUAAAUUGAAGGUAAGUUCGGUCAGCCUAGUGAAUUCUAUGUCCAUGCGUACAUAUAGUGUUAGGUAGAUUAGCGUUAUUGUCUUAAACUUCACAAACCUGCUGUGGUUACAGCCGCGAAUGGUCAAGGGCGUUAGCCUUAACGGCACACAAUUUAUUUAUUUUUUUUUGCGUUAGCUUGCUGCUCUUGGUUCAUGUUCAGUUUCGAUGUUAUUUUAGCUGUCCAUGAGAGAACAUGUCAAUUUGAACAAUUUGGGACACUAAACUGCACGUAUAACGUUACCGCUAGCAGAAUGGCCUGGAGUUCUGACUGACUAGCUCGUUGCUAACUAACGGUAACUAGCGUCCAUACGUUAUACGGGGUGCACAGAUGAUGCAAGGUUGGUUGAUACCCUCAGUCACUUUUAUCGUCCAUGAAAGGAACAUGAUACGUUUUAUUGUAAACCAUUAGAGGUGUUUUGUCUCUGAUACCACCCCAUUGGUACAAGAAGCAAACACGUAACGUUAUGUUGCACGUUGUUAUCUGUCUGCUAGCUAGCUAACGUACCAUUCUACGAUUUCGUUUUGGGUGUUCUAUGGGCUUUUCCCAACGCAUUCACUCUUGAAUAUCGUCAGAAAUUAGGAAAAUUAAUAUGUAACGGGUCAUAAACUCAGCGCGUAAUUUGCGUGUAUGCUCUAGGCCAGUGGUUCUCAAUGUGGGGCGCGCCCCUCAGGGGGGAUGGGGUUUACUGAAGGUUACUGCGCGGGAGAUCAGCAGAAAAAAAGGGGGAAAAAAAUAGGCACUCUCCAAAGCUGCUAUUUUGGCAGACAAACAAGAGAGCGCCAGAGCGGCUGUAGCAUUGGUAUCGAUAGCGGUCGAAUGAUUAUUUAAAGCCAGACUGUUUAAACCUAAAUAUUUCAACAUAGUGGACAGCUGCUGUGCGCCUGGAUGCCAUAACAGAAACAUUUGUGAUUAAAGGGUUAAGAUUUCAUGACAUUUAUUGUGUCUACUGUACUCACAGUGAUAUAGCUAUGCUGGUUAACGUUACCUACAAACAAGGACAGCUAGGGUCGAUUACGUUAGCUAAUCGUCUAAUUAUGAUUACGUCUGUAUAAAACGUUACUCCGUUUGCAGUGUGUUUGCGGUGCGUGAGCAGUGGGCACUAACGUUAGUGCUUUCACAUGCUGCGUUUGAUCCACGGCUGUACCACAAACAACAUUUAUUCAACUGGUUGGUCUGACAACUUUAAGGUUUUAACCCAUUAUUUUUGUCUCUCGGGUGCUGUAAGGAGUGAAGUGUUAUUCCCUGUUAGGAGAUAAACCACCUAAACAAGAUGACUUUGAGAGUAAGACAGUGGCGAAAACGCCAAAGAGAACUGGAUCAACUACUAUGUUAUUCUGGCAGUGAUGAAGAGGGCAUUGAAAAUAAUGGCAACAGUGUGUCUGGGACUCAAAGUAGUUUCAGCAGUGACGGUGUGCCUGGGACCCCAGAUAGUUUAAUGAGUGACGGUGUUCUUGGGACAUCAGAUGAUUUUGACUUUGACACUGAUGUGGACUAUUGCUCUACUGACUCUGAACAGGAACCAAAUGAAACUGAAGUGACCAGCUUUGAGGACGAACUGAGACAGUGGGCCUUAGAGUACAGAUUGACACACAGAGCGCUUAAUGGUCUAUUGUCCAUAUUAAGAAAGCAAGGGCACUUAUUGCCCGCGGAUUGCCGGACACUCCUUGCUACACCACGGCAUAACACAACAGAGCCUAAAUGUGGUGGGCAGUACAAGUACUACGGCUUAGAAAAGGGUAUUUGUCAUUAUUUAAGUCAGAUGGAGAGCAAUGAAGUGCACCUCAGCGUAAACGUUGAUGGCAUCCCACUUUUCAGAAGUAGUGGUGUCCAAUUCUGGCCAAUACUGGUGAAGUGUGGCCAUUUUGAUCCAUUCAUUGUAGCCAUGUUUAGUGGACAAAGUAAGCCAAGUCCUCUUGAGGAGUAUUUAAAAGACUUUGUGACUGAAUACAAACAUCUGAAGGACAAUGGAAUAGUUUUUAAAGGCCAGACUUACACUGUCAAUAUUGAUACACUGAUAUGUGAUGCGCCAGCAAGGGCAUAUCUGAAGUGUAUUAAGGGUCAUACUGCCUAUGAGAGUUGUGAAAGAUAUUUAAUCAGAGGUACUCGUGUUGAGAGAAGAAUAGUUUUCAGUGAACAGGAAUGCACUUCUCGAACAGAUGACUGUUUCUCCAGAGUGGAGUACGGGAACCACCAAACCGGUAUCAGCCCCUUCAUUGCUGCAGGAAUUCCUUGCAUAAGCUCUUUUGUCCUGGAUUAUAUGCAUAUCGUCUGCUUGGGAGUAGUUAGGCGCCUGUUAAUUUACUUGACUCGUGGCCCAAAAGUCUGCCGUUUAUCUGUGAGGCAAAAGGAUGCAAUUUCUCAAAAACUAAUUGCACUGAGAGGGAAGAUGCCAAGUGAAUUUGCUCGACAACCGCGGGGUUUGCAUGAAAUUGAUAGGUGGAAAGCCACUGAGCUAAGGCAGUUUUUGCUGUACACAGGUCGUGUGGUUUUGAAAACUGUGUUAUCCCCUGAAAAAUACAAACAUUUCUUGUCCUUGACCGUAUCCAUGUCGAUAAUGCUGGAGUCAGAUGAGCGGAUUCGAAAUGCCUAUCUCCAAUAUUCUCAAGAACUAAUCAAACAUUUUGUCAUGACCUGUUCUGACCUGUAUGGCAAGACCUUUCCUGUAUACAAUGUACAUGGACUAAUUCAUCUCCAAGAGGAUGCCAGCCACUUCAACUGUUCCUUAAAUGACAUUUCCUGUUUUCCAUUUGAAAACUACCUGCAGCAAGUCAAGAAACACGUGAGGAGCGGGAGAAGUCCCUUGGAACAAGUGACUAGGCGUUUGUCUGAAAUGGAGCAAUCAGAAGUGGACAAUAGCCAAAGACACCCUAAAGUGUUUGCCUCUGUUAAAGAAAAGGACAGUUGUUUUCUUUUGAGGGACAACAGCUUUGCUUUUGUUCGACAGAAAAAUGAAGACGGGACUUUUGCUUGUGACAUUCUGCGCCAGCGCCACACUUCACCAUUAUUUCACCAACCGUGUAGCUCUGGACUUCUGAACAUAGUGUGCAUAGGAAAUGGUCAUGUCAGGAUGAAAAAUGCACUACUGCAAGAAAGGGAUCUGUUCCGGAAGGUGGCCUGCCUGCCACAAGAAGCUGGUGGUGUUGUCCUUAUACCCCUUCGCCAUGGUCUGGAACACACAUAUUAAGGUUACAUUUUCUUAUUCUUUAAGCUAGAUUCCAUCAGGGAUCAUAUCUGAUCACCUGUUUCCAUCCGUUUGUUUACUGUAUCUUCGGUGACUCCUGCAUGUCCUUUCUCGCUUUAUCCAUAAACCUCCCCGAGCCUCUCUCUGUUCUCUUGCCACAAUAUCCUACUCCCAAUGUAACCCUCAUCGCUCUUCCAUUCAUGUCCAAACCCUCUCAACCUCUAAACUUUGAACUAAAAUGUUAAAAACGUCUCCUUUCCAGGUCAUGUACACGAGGGCUGUUUGGAGGGAGGGUACCCAAGAGAAGGAGGGUGUAGUUCCUGACAGUAGGAUCGACAGAGAAAUGAGAACCGUCAGAUGGCCACGUAAAAUGAGCGUUACAAAAACAGAAAAAGCCAUUA